AUGAGUGAAAAUAUUAAAGUUUUUUUAAGAAUUAAACCUAAUGUAGAAAAUUUAUGUAGUUUAGAAAAUGAAGAUUGUGCUUUAUAUAAAGUUAACAAUAAUCAAUUAUAUUUAUUUGAAAAAAAAAAGAGUUACAACGAUAUAAAUGAAUUAAAUACAAAAACUUUUAAUUUUAAUCAUAUUUUUGAUGUUCAUAUUAAGCAAAAUGAUAUUUUUGAAUUAAUAGGAAAAAAUCUUAUUGAUAAUUUUAUUAAUGGAUAUAAUAGUUCAAUAUUGACAUACGGAAAUACUAAUAGUGGUAAAACAUAUACUUUAUACGGUGAAAGAACCAAUUCAAGAGAAAAAGAAAGUAAUGGAUUAAUAUAUUUAUGCUUAAAUUACUUUUUUGAUUUACAAAAAAUAAAUAAAAAUAUUGAAAUAUGUGUAUCAAUAGUCGAAAUAUAUCUUGAGAAAAUUAGAGAUUUAGGUAAGAUAUUUGAGUUAUCACAAUUAUCAACAACUAGCGAAGAUUUAAUAAAUUAUUAUUCAAAAUUUCAUGAUAAUAUAAUUAGAGAAGAUGAAAAUGGAAAUACAUAUAUAGAAAAUAUUACAUUGUUACCUAUAAAAAAUAUUGAAGAUGUUAAAAAUAUCAUAAAUUUAUGUUUCAAAUAUAGAAAAACAAAUGCAACAAAAAAAAAUUUAGUAUCUUCUAGAUCUCAUUGCUUACUAACUGUUUAUCAGUACAAAUAUUUCAAAGAAAAAGAAUUUAUUUCUCAGAUAAAUUUCAUAGACUUAGCUGGAUCUGAAAAAUUUAGUGAUAUAGAAAUGAUCAAUAAAAAGGAACUAAUAAACAUAAAUAACACUUUAUCUGUUUUAAAUAGAGUUAUAAUGGCACUAAGCACUAAAAAUAAACUUAUAAAAAAUUUAGAAAAAAAAAAUGUAAAUGAAAAAUUCAAAAAUAAUACAGAUUAUUCUACUAAUGUGCAUGUACCGUAUAGAGACUCUAAAUUAACUAGACUACUAAAAAAUAGCUUAGAUGGGAAUUCAUACACUUAUAUUUUAAUUUGUUUAAAUAUGAACAGUUAUAAAAUAGACGAUUUUAUAAAUAGUUUAAUUUUUGCAAAAAGAUGCAAAAUGAUUAAACAAAAAAUAAAAAAAAAUAAUGUUAAAUAUUCUACUAAUUCUGAUAACUUAAAAAGCAACUCUUCUAAUGAUAGUUCAUAUGAAAGUUUUGAUUCCAAUUCAGAAAAUUUUCAAUUCUUAAUUGAAGAAAAUAAAAAUAAUAUACCAUAUGCUUUUGAUAAACACAUAUAUAACAAAAAAAGAAAUAAAAUAAAAAAUAUGAAUCACAUUAGUGAUAUAAUGAUGAAUAAAAUGUUAAAUUUAUUUUCUCAUAUUAUUAAAAAGAAAUAUAAUGAGUUAGUCAAACAGAAAAAUUCCAUAAUGAACAAUUUAAUUAAAGUUAUUAAGUCGGAAGAAAAUAAUAAAGAAGAAAUGAAACGAAACAAAAUUAAUUUUAUAAAAAUAUUAAAAAGAAAAAAAAAACAUUUAACUAAUAAUGAAAAUUUUUUAAAUGGUCUUAUAAAUUCAAAAGAAGGUACAAGUAAUACAAGUGUAAAAAAUUAUUUUGAAGAUAAAAAUAAUCCCAAAAAAAAAGUAUUUGAAGAAAUUGACAAAGCUAGUUCAAAUAUACUUUAUAAAUCGUUAGAUACUUCAAGUAUGAAAAAAGAAAAAAUUCUUAUUUUAAAUAAAAAUGAAGAUGAUUUUUUUGUAAAAAACAAAGACAAUAUACUUAAUAAAUAUGAUGAUAAUGUACUUGUAGAAAAUAAAAAAAAAGUUACAGCAUCACAUGGUAGCUCUAAGAAUCAAUUAUAUAUUCAACCAUCUUCAUUUUUAAAACAUUGUAAUUCUAUUAUUUGUGAUAACUUAACAAAGAAAAAAGAUGAAAUAAAAAAUUUUUAUUCAGAUAUUGAUAAGUUAUUGCAAAUAGAAAUAAAGAAAUUAAAUAAAAAAAUUAAAAUUAUAGUAGAUUUAAAUUCCCUUAAUAUUUCUUUAUUUACUAACGUUGAAAAAUUAACUAAAAUUAUAAAAAAUAUUUAUCAAAAUAAAUAUAAUGUAAUAAUAAAAAAUGGGAAAAAGACUCUAAAUAUAUCUAAUUAUUCUUAUGAAGAAGUUAGAAAAUGUUAUGAUAUUACUAUACCCCAUUUAAUACAAAAUAAUCUAAAAGAUGAAAGUAAUAGUUUAAAGAAUAUAGAUAAAAAUAUAAUUACUUUAUAUGAAAAAAUAAAUGAAAAAGAAGUUGAUCAUGAAGCAACAGAGUUUUAA